CUUCAACCUAAAAUGGGCUGUGCAUCCGAGAGGUUGCUCUAAGAGUUCGAAAAGGAAAAAAAAUUUUAAUGCUUGUUCUAAAUUUUGAAACUAAAAUAAAUAAGAAUAAAUUAAAAUAUUUUACACGUUAAUCAACCUUAUAGAAUGUGACAUUUUUUUGUUGUUCUCUGCUAAAAAGGACAAAGAGAAAUAAAUACGAAAAAAAUUUGGAAUUGGUAUUGAGCGUUCAAUGGAAAUGGGAUACACACCUUUGAUGUAUUCUGUGAAGGAUAAUCGGGUACAGGUGGCGGAGAGGUUCCUGGAUUUGGGAAUGGAUAUUAAUGUAAAGGGGAAGGAUGGACUUACAGCACUGCAUUUAUCAGCCCAACAAGUGCGUGAAGAUAUGGUCCGUCUUCUUCUUGGAAGAAAAGCUGAUCCCUUAGCGGCCGGUGGUCCCAAGGGGCAACUGCCUCUUCAUAUUGUGUGUGCCAGACCAACUGGGCAAGCCUUAACUCCUCUCCAAUUAUUGCUCAAAGCCACGGGUAAAGAUGCCCGCCUCGUUAAAGACAAGACGGGUAACAUUCCUCUGAUGCUGGCUGUUGAAGUGGGUAAUCAUGGUAUAUGCCGAGAGUUAUUGAUGAUUGACCCCAAAGAGCAGUUAUCCGUGAGGAAGCAGGACAUCCGAGAUACUCCACUCCACGUGGCAUCUAGGCGGAGGGACAUCGAUCUCAUGAGGUUACUCAUCGAGAAGGGAGCUGCCGUCAACCUACAGAACAGCGAAGGAAUGACCCCAUUGCACAUAGCGGCCAUGGAAGGUGAUGAAGGGAUGUUGAAGGUGCUAAGUCAAGCCAAUGCCAGAGCUAACAUUCUGGACAGGAGAGACCGAGCACCUGUCCACUUGGCCGCAGAGAGGGGUCACACGAGUGCCGUGGAAAUCCUUCUCGACAAAUUCAAGGCUUCCAUUUCACAAAGGACAAAGGAUGGCAGCACGCUGAUGCAUAUUGCUUCCUCCGCGGGAUAUCCGGACAUAGCUAUGAUUUUCAUGAAAAGAGGAGUUCCCAUACACACAUCAAACAAGUCAGGGGCCAAAUGUCUACACAUAGCUGCUGCAGCUGGCCACGUUGAGGUAGUGAGAUCUCUUCUAAAUAAAGGAGAAAGUGUGGACAUCAAAACUAAUGAUGGUCAGACAGCCCUCCAUAUUGCUGUCCAAGCAUGCCAACCGAGAGUUGUUGAAACUCUUUUAGGAUAUGGUGCCCAAAUAAGGCUUAAAGCAGGAAAAAGUGGUGAAACUCCACUUCAUAUAGCUGCCAGAACACCAGGAGGAGAAAAAUGUGCUGAAUUACUUCUUAAAAGUGGCGCUGAAGUAAACGCCACCCAAGAGGAUGGUGAGUCUGCACUGCAUUUCGCAGCUCGUCACGGCCACCUCAAUACUGUAGCGCUUCUCCUUCAGGAUAAAGCAGAUGUCCAACAAAAGUCCGCUAGCGGCGAGACCCCUCUCCAUGUUGCGGCCCGAAACUGCCAUUAUGCCGUGGCCCGUAGCCUGCUGGACCACUGGAGGAAGCAGCACCCAGAAGACAAUGGUGCUAUAUUAGUAAAUGCCCAAAAUGAAAAAGGAGAAUCAGUCCUCCACUACGCAAGUUUGGUUUCCAAAAGCCAAGCUCAUCAUCCAACAGAAGACAAAGACCUCGUCAAACUCUUGCUACAGUAUGGUGGGGAAGUCAACGUACCUAACAAAGAGUAUCGCAUGACAAGUAUACAUUAUUGCAGUAAAGAAGGCAAUGCAGAUAUAUUGCAUGAAAUUCUGAAUCAACUGGACAAAACCAUGCUGCAAGGUGCCUGCAAUCGAAUAGCUAUGAAUGGAUGGACUCCGUUACUGUAUGCCUGUCAGACAGGCCAUCCUGAAGUAGUGAAACUUUUACUGCAGAAUUCUGCCAGAGUAGAUGUGUUCGAUGAAGGUGGCAAAGCUGCUUUGCAUUUGGCGGCCGAAUUUGGCCACGGGGAAGUGGUUGAUAUUCUUCUAAAGCACAAAGCUUUCGCCAACGCUCGUUCCAAAAAGGGAAUGACGCCUCUCCAUCUAGCCGCCAGAAAUGGAUAUACAGAGAUUGUACAGAAACUUGUCAAACAGUACGGUGCCACUUUAGACGCCCUCACAUUGGCAAAAAGAACACCUCUACAUUUAGCGGCCGAGAAUGGUAAACUGGACGUUUGUAGCGUCCUACUGGACCUCAGGGCAGACGCCAACGCUAUUGACAAUACUGGCCAAACACCUCUUCUAUUAGCUGCUGAGAACGAUCAUCCAGAAGUGGUAAAACUCUUCCUUCGACACAAGCCUGAACUAGUCUCUAUGGCUAAUGCGAAUGGAUUUACGUGUGCUCACAUAGCUGCCAUGAAAGGAAGUGUCGCCGUCAUAAAGGAGCUCAUGAAAUUUAACAGAUCUAUGGUGACCUCCGCUCGAAAUUUGACGGGCAAUACGGCCCUCCAUCUGGCAGCUUCCGGCGGACAUGAAGAAGUUGUGAAAGUAUUGUUAGAAGCUGGUUCAUCUGCCACAGAAGAAAAUGCUGAUGGUUACACCGCUAUACAUUUAGCUGCCAAAGACGGACAUGUAAAAGUUCUGCAGACUUUAAAGUCAUCUGUAUCUUGGAGAAUCACGAGUAAAAAAACGGGCAUGACGGCCCUACACGUAGCUGCUAGUUGCGGUCAAACUGAAUUUGUGCAAGAAAUGCUGACACAGAUUCCUGCCACCCUAUCCAGUGAAAGACCCGGAGAUACUAGCCUUAGUGAUGACUAUGGCUUCACUCCUCUUCAUCUGGCGGCAGAAUCUGGGCACGAAGGCGUUGUUCGAGUUCUGCUCAACAGUUCGGGAGUUCAGACAGAUGCAGCUACAGUAGUGCAGGGUAUAUUACCCAUGCAUUUGGCAGCUCGUGGUGGACAUUUGGCGGUAGCGGGCCUUCUAUUGAGUAGGUCUACAGAACAAUUGCAAACCGCCGACAAGCAGGGUAGGACGCCCCUUCACAUGGCCGCUGCCCAAGGACAUCGAGAAAUGGUGGGCUUACUUCUCGGUCAAGGUGCUGAUAUCAAUGUCGCUGACAACAAUGGAUGGACAGCACUGCACUACACGACGAGACACGGUUUCUUGGACGUGGUCCAAUUGCUGGUCAACAGUGGAGCAUCUCCCACUGCCGCCACCAGCGAUGGUAAAGUUCCAUUGUGUCUCGCCGCAGCUGCUGGACAUUAUGACGUACUCAAUUACCUUUUGAAAAAGGAACACGACACCCAUACACUCAUGUGUGACAGCAAUUUCUUGAUUGACUUGAUGGUAUCAAGCAAAGCUCACGCCAACAAACCCGUUUUGGAGUUUGUGCUAGUAUCCGCUGCACCCAUAGAAACGGCAGCCAAAAUGGCACGCAGCUAUCAACUUCUAUCCUUGAAAGAGAAAGACAGAGCUCGAGACUUAGAAGUGAUGGCUAUCUUCUGCGAAGCGAUGGCCGCCGACCUCCUAGGCAUCACAGCCAUCUCAUACAACACAGGCACGCUGUUACGGUCAGUGGACUCACAGAAUCAACCAUUCCUCGAUGUACUCAUUGAAUUGCAACAGAAAGAGGUGGUGGCUCACCCUGCCGUCCAGAAAUACCUCACCGACUUGUGGACAGGAAGUCUGCAGUGGGCAUCAUGGAAGAUGUCCGCACUUUUCUUCUCCUUCCUAGCCUGUCCUCUUGUCUGGAUCGCCUUUUCACUGCCCCUGGGACACAGGUUCACCAGCAUUCCCAUCAUCAAAUUCAUGUCCUACCUCGUAUCCCAUAUCUUUUUCAUUGUCCUGCUCACGUUCACCAUCGUUAACCCAUGGCUACCCCUUUGGAAGUCCACUCAUCUUAUACCAUACAUUCACGAAUGGCUACUUCUUUUAUGGCUGAUAGGACUUUGGGUAUCGGACGCUACCAACCCAAAAGACAGGGAAGGCCUGGGUUUCAUAAAAGUGAUCAUUAUGACUGUGGGCUCAAUGGGCAUCAUGACUCACGUGGUAGCCCUUGUUUUCUCCGACGAUCAUUCCAUCCUCGUGUGCCUGUACAUACGAAAUCAGUUCCUCGCAGUCGCACUUCUGCUCUGCUUUGUCGAAUUUCUGAACUUCUUAACAUUCCACCACCUCUUCGGACCAUGGACGGUUAUCAUCAGGGAUCUCAUAAAGGACCUGAUGAGAUUCUUAGCCAUCUUGGGGAUCUUCUUGGUGGGCUUCUCACUGCACUUGUGCGCCAUCUACCAGCCAGUAUUCCUUCCAAAAGGCGCUGACCAGCUCACCCUGGUCGUUUUCCAGUCUCCCAUCGACACCUUCGAAAUGCUCUUCUUCGCUCUCUUCGGUCUCGUAGAACCAGACUACAUGCCACCCAUGCACCUCAGUCCCGGAUUCUCUAAAGGCAUCAUGAAAGUGGUGUUUGGUAUCUACAUGAUGGUUACUGUCAUUGUCCUCAUUAAUCUCCUCAUUGCCAUGAUGUCUAAUACCUACCAGAGAAUCCAAGCACAGUCCGACACAGAAUGGAAGUUCGGACGUGCCAAACUCAUCAGGAAUAUGAACAAGACUUCACCUUCUCCUUCACCCAUAUGUCUCUUCACGCUCUUUGGAGAACUCUUCUACAGGUGUCCAAAGAAAUGUCCAGGAAUGUCGCGUAAACCACAGCUGCACCUACUGAAGUCAAAACGUGACGCUGCCAUCCAAAGAGGCGAUGUGCCUAAAAUCAUGCCAGCAGCCUGGAAAAGGAGAGUCACGCGCAGAUCACAACAAAUCAUGCCUGUCGGUCAGUAA